AUGAUGAGAAUCAACUACAUCGCCCGCAUCUAUGGCUCCAAGUUUGUUGUGCUACGGAGGUGCACAUCCAUACAGCACAAGGAGGCAGGUACAUACAGUACCUUUUUCCUUCUUGUUGAUACCUACAAUCAAGAGCUCACCUCGCCGUCUUACACCGAACCAAGUUUUCUCUACCGCAAGAUCGGCAUCGCAACACCAAAUCUGAUACUGGCCUUUGCCUUCAUUCUCACUUCCGGUUCCACAGUUUUGUCUGCCCAGACCCCGCUGCCCACCCCCCUUCAGCAAGCACUAAACCACCAGAGCCGCCAAAGUACAGCAGAUCCCUUGAUUCCAGCCCCAGCUGAGAUUGUCUAUACUGCACCGUACCUUAUCACUUACCUUGCUACACCACACCCUUUUGCUCUCCUCACGGACAUACCGCCACACUAA